AUGCUCGCAGCAUCUCUCGUCCCCGUUACAAACACCCCCGGGUCACACCAGCAGCCGCAGUCACAUGCCGGUGACGCGGACCCGUUCGUCACCUACGCCCGGUCCCUCCACGACUAUACCCUCCGCCUGUGGACGGAAUCGCGGAGGAUGGCGGAGGAAAAGGCACGCCUCAAGGCCGCC